AUGACCGCAUUUAUUACUCUUUUAACCAAUGAAUCCUAUUUGCCAGGAGUCUUGACUCUUGGUAAGGCAUUGAAGCACAAAUACCAAUCCACUUACAAGUUGGCCAUCUUGGUCAACUCAGAUUCGCUUUCGAAGGAAUCCGCCGAACUUAUAGAGUCUGUUUACGAUGAUAUCAUCGACGUUGGUGACAAGUUGAUCUACUCGUCUGUGGAAGAAGUCGAUACCAAGUUGGGAAGACCAGAAUUGGCCGUUACCUACAGUAAGGUAUUGCUUUGGUCAUUAACUCAGUACGAUACCCUUAUCUACUUGGAUGCAGACACUUUACCCUUGGCAAACUUAGAUCAUUUAUUUGAUGAGCACAAGGACUUGUUACUGACCCAGGUAGUUGCUUCUCCUGACGCUGGUUGGCCAGAUAUUUUCAACUCCGGAGUCUUGAUUUUGAAGCCGCUGACUGAUACUUUCACCAGCUUAGUCAAGCAUAUUGAGACUGAAGAGACUCCUUCCUUUGAUGGUGCUGAUCAAGGUUUACUUAACGAAUUCUUCAACUUGAAAACCAAGGGUUCUAACUGGAAGAGGUUACCAUUCGUUUACAAUGUCACCCCCAAUGCAUCAUAUCAAUAUACUCCUGCGUUCGACAGAUUUGCCGGAGACAUUAAGUUGGUUCACUUUAUUGGAUCAGUAAAGCCAUGGAAUGCUGACUUUUUGCUUCAUGGCAACUACCAGGCACAAGCAUCUCUCUACGACGUCCAUAAGUUAUGGUGGAGUACGUUCCACGAACAUUUCCCCGGUGAAAUUGGAGCCAAGAUCUUGAACGUCAAGGGUGAAGGUUACUCUUUGAAAUUCGGAAAGAACAAGAAUGUGUGGGAUGACGAUGCUGAUACCUCAGUGGGUGGAUCGACUGGUGGAAUUACUGAUGAACCAAUUGCCCCAGUCUUCCCAUGGGAAGAGAGAGAGAAGAGACACCCAACAAGAACCUUUACACCUCCACCUUAUGGCGAAGAAGCUAGCGAAGAAGGCGAGCAGGACAAGCUUCACGAUGAGUUGAAGAAAUCAAUUGAAACUCUCAAUCUCAAGACAUCUUCAGGAAGCAAGGCCGGAUCAUUGAAGGACAAGUACAAUAUCGAUCUGAGUGAGGAUAACAAGUGGGAUCCGACUGCUUCAUUGAAUGAAAUUGCACAAUUACCUUCCAAGUUGUUGAGCAAGAAGAGAGAAGAAGAAAGUAAAAAGUAG